GCGGCCUCCAUGUGCGUGUGUCUGCGCGCGCCGUGUAUGCGCGCGUAUGUCGGAGAGCGUACGUCGGUAUUAUAGUGUACGCGAUCGAGUCGGUGCACCUCUCGGCCGUGGGCACAAAUCGCGAGUAAAAUGGAAGCGGAAUUUCGCUCCGAGGUUGAGGUCUGCCGUUGAAAACUGUGAACAUGGGAAGGUCCAAGUUUCCCGGGAAGCCGCCAAAGACGGCUACCAGGAAACGGAUCAAGGUGCUCGGCCAACCUAAGGCAGCGCAAAACGAUCCGGUAACUGUCGCCGAGAACAUCUACUACGGACUUUCCCUGUUCAACGAAACAUUCGGUGACAACGACAAGGAACAUCCACCGUUCCAUGGAUUUAGUACUAAAGAGGCUAACCUUUCUGCAUCUUAUAUAAAAACACAACAACACAAUGCAGAAAAAAGCACGGAUAAAUUAUCCUCUGUUACAGUCAAAAAUCUUGCAUCACAGUCAAAUACGAAGAAAGACAUUACCGAUGUUAAAAAUUCUCCUACGGACAUUGAAUCAGUAAACAACAUCUUGGAUCAGCAUCAAAGAACUAGACAGUUACGAAACAGUACAGCGAAAAGAUUGCUUCAAAGGGCGAAAUCUAAUGGAAGUAACACACGCAACUUGGUAUUGCAUUCUGGGGAGAAAUCUAGCACAGUAAGAAAAUUUAUUUUACCCGUUCGCAGUGUGCAUUCAUCGAGGGUUAUUAAACCGAAUAAGAGAUUUAUCGAAGAACUGGAAGAGAUUUCUAAUACAGAGCACAGCGAGAAUGAAAUUGGUACACAGGUGAAAAAGGCUAAAUUAAAUGUGGAUAAGCUUAGCAACCGGGAAUCAAAAGGAGAUGUGGUUAGUAAGUCGUGUACAAAGUUUAAAGAUAAAGAGCCAAGAAACAAGGCGAAAAAGGUGAUUGAGACUGUAAACGCUUUUGAUGCCGAGAUUGUAUCUCAGCAAGUGAAAGAUGCAGAGAAAUCGGCAGGUUCUGUUCAAAACGCACAAAUAUCAAAAAUCACUCAUAGAGAGGUAAAGAAAUCCCACGCUAUAUCGUAUAAGAAUAAAAUAUCAAACGAUACAUCCGACAACUCUAAUAAUAAUCAGGAAUGCUUACAAAAUUCGAGUAGAGCGGCACAAACGACAAAAUCAACAGUUCCCAGAAAUCAGAAACAGAUUUCUAUUCCUACAAAAGUUCUUCCCGAUUCUAAUGUUCCAAACUUUGAGUCUUCCAGGGUUCAAACGAGAUCAGGAACUCAAAAUGAGAUAGCGAACGAUUUAAAUAAUCUGACGAGCUUCGAAAGUGGUGCAGGAUUAUCAGAAGGUGACUGUGCGAAAAUCGUAGAUGAAUCUGAAAAUGAUAAUAAGACUGUGGUUAAUGCGUUAAAUAAUUUUGAGACGGAAAGCAAUUUAUCCGAAAGCGAAAAUGAGCACAGUAAUCAUUCGGAUAACGAGCAAUCUGAAAUCAGUGGAAUGAAACUCAAUGGAAAAGUGAUAUUGAGAAAAGCAAGAUUGAAAUUGGAUAAUAAAUGCUUGGCUGGAACAGAAGGACCAUUUUCAACGUCGAGCACCAGUAAUACCGUGGGAGGAAGCACUAACUUAGGAUUAACAGGAACUAUAAAAUGUGGUGUUUGUGGCGCGGUGCGAUUUUAUCGAUUUGUGAAACAGGCGCGCAAGUUUGGUAUAAACAGUUGCGAAUCUUGCCGCAAGUUUAUAAGUAAAAUGAUCAAGCGUCAAGCUUGCGCAAAAUCCUCAAACAAUGUUCUUCCUAUUCUCCAGUGUCAUAAAGGCGACGGUCUAUGUUUAGUUCCGCCUGUUGUGAGGAGCCAGCAGUGGAAUCUCAUGAGAUGCGUUUAUAAAACAAGAUGUCCGGCGUGUUGGUUAAAAAUGUGUUUGAAAUGUUACAACAUUCCAUUUGCUUUGAGGACAGGUUUAAACGCCUUGUUACCACCAUUAAUGAGAGACCCUCUAAGUAUUUCCUUGCCGCUCGGCCAAGACGAAGACGGUCAGGGACAAAAGUUGGGCUCGUGUAAACUCGCGUAUUGGCCUUCGGAAGACAGUUUGGAAAGAAAUUUGUUCAAAUCUGCGAUGGAUUGGAGAAAUUUCGACAUGGGACAGAAUGAAACGAAUUAUCAAAGUACCGGAGGCUUUCUCUAUACAAAGAUAGACAAAUUUGAUUCCUCGAUGAGUAUAUCGCCGAAUAAGAAGCGAAGAAAAAAUAAUAGGAUUAAAGUGAGAAGGAAAAUUAAAAGUCCAAUGCUCGCUUCUUCUACCAAUAAUCAGUAUCCACAGCCUCUUAGGCAAAGGGUCGAAUUGAAGGGACCGAGAGUAAAGCACGUUUGUCGAAGCGCCAGUGUCGCUCUUGGACAACCUAUUGCAACUUUUCCAAGUGCAGACACGAAAGAAGACAACGAACACGGCAAAAACAUUCCAAAAUCGGCAAAAGAAACGGAGAAAAUAGAGAAGAGAGACGAAGUGAUAAAAGAGAAAGAAAUGCAUAAGCAUAAUGAAGAUAAUAAUUUAAAUCCUAACGUUAAUGCGACGCAACAAUCUCAUUCAAGAAGGGGAAAAUCGCAACAGACUGUAUCAACAUCUCAUUUUCCAGUGAUGUCUAAGGCAGCUUCAGAUACCUUAUAUACAGUUUCCAUAGAUUUCUGGGAACAGUACGAUCCUUCGGAAGUUGGAGCGAAAGGAUUUGCUCUUAUCGGUUCAGAAUUGUUUCAUAUACCUGCUAUUUGUUAUUUAUGUGGGAGUGCCGGUAAAGAGCCGUUAAUUCACUGUCAAUGCUGUUGCGAGCCAUACCACGCCUUCUGUUUGGAACCCAGUGAAUGGAAUGCUUGCGCACAGCCAAACUGGUGCUGCCCCCGUUGUACAAUAUGUCAAGCCUGCCAUCUCAGAUCCGGUCCGAAAUUAUCUUGCAUCCGUUGUCGUCAGUCGUUUCACCAUUCAUGUUUGUCCAAGUCUGGUGUUAGCUCGAGAUUGUACAGUCCUGAUCGACCCUACGUUUGUCAAAGUUGUAUCAAGUGCAAGAGCUGUGGUAGCGAAGGCGUCAACGUUCACGUAGGCAAUUUACCUCUGUGCUCCAUGUGCUUUAAGUUGAGACAGCAAGGCAAUUAUUGUCCUUUAUGUCAGAAAUGUUACAACGAAAAUGAUUUUGACACGAAGAUGAUGGAGUGCAGCGAAUGUUCUUACUGGGUACAUGCUCGUUGUGAAGGCCUUUCGGAUGAGCGUUACCAGAUACUUAGUUAUUUACCCGAUUCGAUUGAGUUUACGUGCAGUCAAUGCUCCUCUAACGUAAACUCUGUCUGGAGAAAUGCCAUAGAAGCUGAGCUAAAGGCAGGUUUUAUCAGCGUCAUAAAAUCCCUAAGUAAAAAUCGCAAGAUUUGCAUGGCUCUCAAGUGGAGUCCCAGGAAGGAAUGUCUCUGCAGGCCGGCUUCGAGUGUGAGAGGAUUCGAAUUUCCUGGAGAGGACAAGAGUGAGACGAAAGAAAACGAGGAGUCGGAAGAGUGCAACGGUGACAAAUCUACGGAUACUGACUCGAGCUCGAAUACUAAUUCUAUAAAAUCCGAUGCGAAGGAACAUUCAACGGACGGUUAUGGUAGAAAAGGUCUGCGACGAUUGCGACAAAAAUUUCAUCUAAGAGAAUGCUCGGUUAGGGUAAAGAAUUGCGUUCCAAAAGAUUCACAAGACAUCGAGAGAAAAGAUACGACGGAAUCGUUAAUCUCCUCAAAUAUUAUGGAAUGCCGCUGCUCCGAGCAACAGAUCAUCGCGAGGCCUUCGGCUACUUUAAUGUCGAUAAAGCAAAAGGUAAAUAGUAACGAGUACAAAUCGCUAUCGCAAUUUCAUUACGAUAUGGAGCAUGUAAUCAACCGCGCUGAUCCGACGGAUUUAAUGGAGACUUAUCAUGAAAUUUUGCAAGAGGUAUUUCCCUGGUUUACUCCAAAAAAUUUCAAAAGCAACGAUGAUAAUGACGACGAUACAUUAACAUCUACCAAGGAUAAUAGCAAAGACUACACUGCUCCUCUCACGACAAGGUUUGAAGAUUCUAUUCUAAGAGUGUGGAAGGAAGAAGUGACAAAGGUGCCGAAAACGAUCGCGGCAAAAACGACGAAUUUAUAUAAUAUCCAUGUCGAAGACAGUAGAUCAUGUUGUUUGUGCAAGGGUCUGAGCGACGGACAGGAAAUAAAGGAGGGCAGAUUAUUUUAUUGCGGACAAAACGAAUGGGUGCACGCAAAUUGUGCACUAUGGUCGAACGAGGUAUUUGAGGAGAUCGAUGGGUCGUUGCAGAACGUUCACAGGGCUAUUUCGAGAGGUCGUUUGAUCCGUUGCACCGAAUGCGGUAAGAAAGGCGCGAGUAUCGGAUGCUGCGCGAAGAACUGUAGCAACACCUUUCACUUUUCAUGCGCGAGAAACAUUGGAGUCGCUUUCAACGACGACAAAACAGUAUUCUGUAUUUCACAUUCGAAUGAUUAUGCGCGCAAGUCAUUGCAAAACGAGAACGAGUUUAAUUUGAAGCGGCCGGUAUACGUAGAGUUGGAUCGUAAGAAGAAAAAGUACGCAGAACCUAAUAAAGUGAAAGUAAUGAUUGGCUCUCUGAUAAUUGACUGUCUGGGGACUAUCGUUCCCGAAUUUUCCGAUACAACCGAAAAGAUAAUACCAUGCGACUACAAAUGCUCCAGACUUUAUUGGUCUACAGUGAAUCCUUACAAGAUUGUAAGAUAUUACAUCAGGACUUAUGUGCAGGUACACAUGCCUGAUAUUACAUCCGACAUGGAAAAUAACAUCACCAUCGAUCAUACCAAGAAGCAAGAAAGGGAACAAGUAUCGGCGGAUGCACAAAGGGUCGACUACUUGGCCGUUAAACAGACCUUAGACACUCUCAUCGACAUCGUAUGCAGUAAAGAAGUUGACGAGAAUUUGGCGGAACAAAGCAACACGGAUCUUUUACCACCCGAACUGAAGGAGGCCAUAUUUGAAGAUUUACCGCACGAUUUAUUAGACGGGAUCUCCAUGCAGGACAUUUUUCCAAAAAUGUCGUACGAGGAUUUUUUAGCUAUGGACUUGAAAAAUGACGGUACCUUCAUCGCGGAUCUUUUCAAGGACGAUAUGUUGCCGUCGGAGAUUGAGGAGACGGUAAAACCGUCGGAGAACAAGAUCUCCAAAAUGGAUUCGUCUUUGCUGGAAUUAGGGACACACAACGAUCUCUGGUUGCGAUUGGAGGCGAAGACCGCGGUUCAAGAUCUCGUGGACGAUCUAUUCAACUCGAAGAGUCAGAAACGCGGCGGUAGGGAACUAAAACGAUCCAAAUCCGAGGUGAUGUCGAAUAAUCCGUUGAUUGUUGGCGGCCAGCGGCAUCAUCAACGCUCCUGUAGUCUUACUUGGAGUUGUAAAUUAGACAACACCUAUGGUCCUACCAUAAAGAGACGAAAGUUGCCCCGAAAUCCAUCCAGCACGAAGCCGAGUGAAACUGGUCUUAUUGUGUUAGAUGCUCAAAACGAACGCACGUCCAUGUUUCACGAACUGAGGAUUCCGGAAAGUAUCAUGCUCACCGUGGGAAGAGGAAGUACACCUAAUAUAUUAUCCGAUUCCGUGCGUGAAUUGAAGUACUGCAUCGAAGAUUCUGCUGGACUGAAUUACCGCGUGUUGCCAACUAGAGACGAAGGUGCAAAAGAACACAAAAGAUUAUUUUGGCAUUCGAGACAGCAGCAACCGCGAAUAGUGCAAGUCGAUGGACCGGCUGAUGCUAAUAGCGCCAGCGAGUGCAGUUCGCCGGAAUACAAUGCCGAGGAGAAAAAUCAAUGCGCGGAUCUAAAUCAUGCAUCCGAAUCGAUUCCGCAAUUGGAUGGCAUCAACGACGAACACGCGUCCGAGUGCGAAUCGAACGUGAAGGAUUUUGAUUUAUAUGCGCGAUCUCCAAAUUUUUUACACUCGAAACGUAUUCUCGGCUUCAUUAGAUCGCAUGUCUCCAGUAAUGUCGGCGAUAAGUUUCAAAAGGUGAGGAGCAACAGUGGAAAUCACGUGGUUGCUCCUAGCAGAUACAACACUUUGCAGUACGAGGCAGGAACUCUGUUCAAGGAGAAGAAUCUCAAAUUGAAUCUGCAAAUUCCUCAAGUGGAUGGCGCGGGCGACAUCUCGAGCGACGACGAAUGCGUUUCGUCGCAGCACGUCUCUGCUGCAAGAAUGAUUCAUACCCCGUAUGAAUCACCGCCAUUCGAGCACCAUAUCGAUCGACCUGUCACCUGCAAAAGAUGCUGCUGCACGUAUCGCACUCAGGAUAGUUACAACAGACAUUUAACCAACUGUGACAUCGUGAUUACUAGCGACAGCGAUUCCGACACCGUGGACAAUAAGGCAUCGCCAGAGUCAAGAUUCUCGCCGAGCAUGGGCUCGCCGUUUAUCACGCUUUCGCCAUCCGAAGGUCACACUCUGACGACCGAUUACACGGACAUCCAGGCGACGUCACCCAUCGAGGCGUCUGUGCCGUCACCUCGUCCGAGCAUCCAGAUCGAACCGAUCGCUCAGGCGAUCAUUACGCCGCAGAUCCAUACGGCACACGCCACGGUCGAGACCGUGCAUCAGACAGUAUUAACGUCCAAUGACGUGAUUGUGCAGACUCAGUACACUCGCAGAACUACCACCUUGCCGAAUGCAACAGUAUUACCUCCUCAGGAAAGCACGGUGCAAAUAACGGAGAUUACAGAUCCACCAUCCAUCUCCGGCGAUUCUAAUGUUACCGUGCACGGUAUGGUAAACACGCCAAUGAGUUCGCCGGACAGUACGAGUUCGCAGACUGUUCCCAGUCCGGAGAUAUCACCUAACUUGUCAUCCAUGGCCGUCCACACCGCUCACGAAUCCGCACAAGCGAACACGCAGGCAAUUUCUCGACUUUCCUCCAAAUCGAGAAAUCCACGGAUAACCAAGCCCAGGACUAAAAAUAUCAAGUCGCAACAGCAACAGCAGCAACAACAGCAACAGCAGCAUAUCUUGAAGAACGUUAUGCAAGCGCAGCACAAUGUCGCGCACAGAUUUCAACCGACGACAAUGCAGAGCAGUCACCCACCAGCGGUCAUCCAGCUGCAACAGACCGCCCAAAGGCCAACGGUAAUUCUUCAACAAGUGGCACCACCGGGAAUCAUGUCCGCUUACGUAGAAACGCUGCAACAGCAGUCGGGCCAAAACUUGCAGUACAUCACGACGAUUGGCGGUGGACAGCACGAGGCCAGCUUUAAACCGCAAUUAAUUGCUACGAAUUCUCUGUUACCGAGCACCACCUAUAUUCAGGCGCCAUCCGCUGACAAUCUAUUGACGCUGCAAAAUGGCGGUAUAUCGAUACUGCCGAGCGUGCAAAUCGCACCGACACAGCCCACAGUGCUGGGAACUAUCAUACAGCAACAACCUAGCGCGAUCCAGUGCGGCGUUAUAUCAUCGGAACAGUUGUUGCUGAGUUCUACGCCCACGCUGGAAAUGUUCACCGAUCCAACCGGCGGUAUGUUUGUGUCGAAUCAACCGAUGUACUAUGGUUUAGAAACAAUUGUCAGCAAUACGGUAAUGUCAUCUAGCCAGUUUAUGGCAGGCGCGGUACCACAAGUGUUGGCUAGCAGUUACCAAACAACAACUCAGGUGUUUCAAGCGUCCAAACUGAUGGAGCCUAUCGUGGAUGUGCAAGCUGUACCUACGGUAACGACGGUGCAAGCUGUACAAAAUGUAUCAGGCGUUCCAAACGUGUCCGGCGUGCCUAACAUUGCCGGCGUACCAAACGUUGCAAGUGUGCAGGGCGUAAGUGGUAUAUCGGCGGUGCCUAACAGUCGUAGUAGUGAAUCAACAAGCACCGCCACCAGUACCAGCACAUCACUACCACCAUCAUCAUUAAUACCGGUACCGCCAAUAUCGGUGCUGACACCAGCAACAGUUUCAACCCCAGCUUCGAUAUCGUCACCACAGGUAAAAGCGAUUGCGACACUGCCACAAAUCAACAUAUCCGUCGCGACUCAAGAACGAGCAUUCAAUGGCGUCACACCAUGCAAUGCCGUAUCACCGAUAUCGUGUCAAAACGCGGCCAUUGAACAAUCGAUGACAACGGUUCAAGUAGCGGAUGUGUGUCCGCUGAACGUACAGACUACCAUCGUCGCUGCGACGUCGCCCGCGAAAUUGUCACCUCCAGUGCUGUCACAUACGAUGUCGACGAUACCUCGCGUUGCGGUACGACCCAAUCCGGUCGCGCAAGUAAAUCACGGAUCCGCUUGGAAAAUCACCGAGCAUAUGUUUGAGCAACCGAUGAGUAACAGCGUGCGACCGUACUUUGAUUCGAAACACGUGUCAGAGAAUACCAGCAUGAUCAAGUCGAGCAUAUCAUCGUCCAAGAUACCGCCUCUACCGAAUCAUUAUAUUAUCGCGCAAAGAAAUACAAUUGUAAAUAAUAAGCCAAAUUACGAUAUAAAUAAUGUUCAUAAGAGCUGCGGUACCGUUGUACCGAGUACCAACUGCAUCGUGAACGGGAACGUAAACAGUAACAACUCGAUAGUAAACGUUAACUCUAUGCAGAACAAGAUAUCGAUGCCAACGAGCAAUAGCAUGCCGACCAGUCGACCAAUGAACAGAGUACUGCCGAUGCAAGCGGUCACGCCGAAGCAGGAUCCGGUCAAGAAGGACAAUUUGGCAAUUGAAGAACCCACGAAACCAGUAUUCAAGCCAGCCGAGCCAGAAAUUGCAGAAUCGAAGAAGGAAAUUAUCGAGGAGAUUACACCGAUCAAAGAAUCUGAGGGUACGCUCAACAUCAAAGACGGUAUCAAACUGAACACGGAGACUUUAGAAAAGGUAAAAGAGAAUCUCAAACUGGAGCUCGACAAGGAGAAGCUGCAAAAUACGUCGUUGAAGAUAGUGCUACAGAAACAGCUGCAAGAUGGUUCUUACAAGAUCACACGCAACAUGAAGGCGGCAGUCAGUCAGAGCAAGAAAGUAUCACCGCAAGUGACAUCUGUGGAGAUAUUACCGUCGAAGCAGGUGCCUCAGAUCGCGUCGCUGCAAUUACUACCGAUCAAAACAUUCACGCUCAAAACGAAUAAAGUCGACGAUAAGAUAAAGCCCAAGAUUGACGCAAAGAUGAACCUACUCAAGGCGAAGACGCCACCUAUCGCUGUGAAAAAACCUAGAAUAGUGACCAAGUCAAUCAGACCGGUGCGAAAUAAUCUGCAGCAGAAUUUGCAAAAUCAAAAGAAUUUCGCCAAGGGACCGAUCUUAAUGUACGAAAUCAAGUCUCAGGAUGGCUUCACCCAUACCGCCUCGUCCAUGGCCGAAGUCUGGGAGACGGUGUAUCAGGCAGUACAAAACGCUCGAAAAGCUCACAACUUGCCCCCGCUGCCUCACAAUUCCUUGUCCGAGGGUCUCGGUUUGGAGAACAACGCGACUGUUUACCUAGUUGAACAAUUGCCGGGAGUCAACCGAUGUAGCAAAUACAAACCCAAGUUUCACAUCCCACCGCCGCCGAAAUCUGGCGAGAUAGAAAACGAAUUGCCAGCAGCUUGCGACAAUGGGGCAGUUCGAGCGGAACCGUUCAAGGGCCGGAAAGUGCACGAUAUGUUCAGUUGGUUGGCAUCGCAGCACAGGCAACAGCCGAAAAUGAUUGCUAUAUCGGAGGCAGAGUCCAGACGAGUAGCGAGUACAAAUUUGCCCAUGGCAAUGCGUUUUAGAAUACUUAAGGAAACGUCAAAAAAAUCUGUCGGAGUAUACCAUUCUCACAUACAUGGUAGAGGAUUAUUUUGUUUGAGAGAUAUCGAGGCUGGCGAAAUGGUCAUUGAAUAUGCUGGUGAGGUUAUUCGAUCUUCCUUAACGGACAAGAGAGAAAAGUACUAUGACAGUAAAAACAUAGGUUGUUACAUGUUUAAAAUCGACGAUCAUCUAGUUGUUGAUGCCACUAUGAAAGGGAACGCAGCUAUUAUUAAUCAUUCGUGCGAGCCAAACUGUUACUCGCGAGUAGUGGAUAUUCUCGGAAAGAAACAUAUACUGAUCUUUGCUCUUCGUCGCAUCAUUCAAGGGGAAGAAUUGACGUACGACUACAAAUUCCCAUUUGAGGACAUCAAAAUCCCGUGUACUUGCGGUUCUCGCAGAUGUCGCAAAUACCUCAAUUGAGACUGCGUAUACAGCUUAUUCUAAGCAGCAGACCGAUGACAGAGAUGCAAAAUAUGUGCUAUAAUUGCGGGCGCGUGUAUGCACGUUUUCGAAUAGGAUUCGUUUUUAUUGAAUGUUGUUCAUUUUACUCAUCAUCAAACUAUUUUCAGAGAUUGCAGCUUUUUAU